UCACAACAAGAAGACCAAGCAUUUAAGGCCCUGGCCCCACCAUCAUGAUGUUCUGAUCCGAUGGCCCUGGUUUGAUCUCGCAGCCACCAUACUCAAAGUUCCCAGCACUACUUCCACCUCGGUGCUCCACCCUUCACCCUUCCACGCAAAAUCACCGCGCGCUUUCAUUUCACCAGCACUCGAAUCUCAAAACGCGACAGCACUCUGAAUCCAAAGUCGCUGUUCUCCAAUCUCCAUUUCUGCUUCGACUCAAGGCAAUCAAAUUAGGGUUAGGGUUUAGGUAUCUGUUGAUGCCUCGUAUUCGAGUUGCUGUAUUCAUCUCGUUGAUGCACAAAUUCCCGCUCCAUUGAUAGCUUAGGGUUUGUGUUAUAGACAUGUCUGACACUUCGAGGGGUCGAGUUACCAUCACUCUUGGGCGUAGCGGUCAGGUUGUGAAGAGGGAUGUGUCUGGUGCUGAUGUUGCUUUCUCAUCUUCGGUUUCCUCGGCUGGGUCGAAACGCUCUGUAAGAGACAGAAUUGGAAGUAAUGCAGAUAGUUCCAUGUGGCAUGGAAAUGGCCUCGCCAGUAAUAAACGACAGCGAGGAGAUAUGAGUUCGCGAAAUGGGUUGGAUGAUGGGCGUAUUGGCAAAGAUGAUCUCCGAUUGAAGCUCAUACAAAAAAGUGCAUCUAGGCAGGCUGAGAGCAAUGACAAGAAGAGGCAUGGGGACCUGCGUGAAAAAUUAUCAAAGGCAGUUCAACCUCCUAGAGACAGUUUUAACUCAAAGCCGCGCAUGCCUGAACCAAGGGAAAGAAGCUUGUUAAGGCAACUUCCCCCAGCUAGAAGCUCUGAUGAUUUAAUGCGUAUGGAAUCAAUGAGAAGCUCAUACUCUCCUUGGACAUUGGAUCAUAUUCGGCAAAGAUCACCUGAUGGGUUUCCAAGUACUUCCAGGGGUAUUUCCCCCCAGAGAAAUGCUGGAGACCUACAGAGAAGGCCAUUGAACAGGACAUAUGACAGUGCCAGAUCAGUUCCAUACGUAGGUAGGGAUGUUCUUGAAACUUCAAGGCCUCCAAGUACUGCACCUGCAUCUUUCAUGUCACGCUCCACAAUGUCAACAUUGCCUCCAGUAACUGCUAAGUCUGUAGCAUCUCAUCCUGGCCAACUUCCUCCAUCGAGCAGUGUUGCACCAAGGGCUUCAUAUGCGGGUGAUGAACACCAAUCACAGCAAACUGUUGAUGGCUUGUUACAUGCAUUGGGACUAGGAAAAUAUGUCAUUCUCUUCAAGGCUGAGGAAGUGGAUAUGACUGCAUUGAAGCAAAUGGGAGAAAAUGACCUCAAAGAGCUUGGAAUUCCUAUGGGUCCGAGGAAAAAAAUUCUACUCGCUCUCAUGCCUCGUACCAAACGUCCACAUUGAUUGAUACCUGGUAUGCUUGAUGCUGAAAUUGACAUUGUUGGAUCAUCAGGGUUCUUUUUUGAAAAUAUUGGGUGAUGCUAAAACACAGCUGAAUUUUUUUCCUAAGUAUAGCAUGCCAUGUCCCGUGUGGGGUCUGAGUCUUCCUUGUAUUCACUGUCGCAUUUUGGAAUUGUGGAUGUAUCGAUCAAAUUUUUUUGUUUAUAUUGUCUGUACUUUGAAAGAAAUAGGAAAUGGAAUCAAUUAAUCUGAUAUCAAGGUACCAAUGCUUGUUGGUUGAAUUAGUAGGGAGUACAUUUCCAUAAAUAAAAACAAUAUUUCAGGUUU